UUUAGCACAGUUAUUUGUAAUGUCAGGGGUUGCAGAUACAUGUAAAUCAAUAACAGUUACAGCACAUGUGACUAUAUUGUGAAGCGCAGGACAUGCUUGUGUUCAGGUUUGGUGUCAUCCUGACACCGUCGUGUUCAGAUACCGAGGUGUUUGUGUUGGGCUCACGCCCGGAGAUGGGACACUGGGAUCCGAACCGAGCCAUAAAGAUGAAGUCGAGCCGCACAGUUCUCUCCACCUGUGAGCCGUGUCUUUGGACCGGUGAUGUACAUCUCUCAGAGCCGUACACAGAUAAACUGUGGUUUAAAUUUAUAAAGCGGGUCGAUGGGCGCUACAUUUGGGAAGGCAACGGUCCACGUCAUGACAGGCAGUGUGUGUAUGAUGACAGUGACAUGGUGAACGGGGUGUACUGCCACCCGAUUGGUCACUGGAUUGAGGAGACUGGCCACACCAAUGAGAUGAUACACACCACCAACUUCUACUUCAGUGUGGCGGGACACCAGGCCAUCCACUUUUCUCAUGGAAUGAAGUGGCACACCAUCCAUCUUUGUUACAGUCUAAUACAGAACCAAUAAGAACAUCUGUCAGUGGGUCAGUGUUUGGCUGGAUAUAUCCUGC